AUGCAUUACCAAGCAGCCGAGGCUGAGCUUUACGUCGUGAGCAAGAACGGGGUUGAUCAACAGGCGCACGUCCUCGAGCGCGGCGCGCAGGAGGUGUACGUGCAUUAUGUAAAUGCGGACAAACGGCUCGACGAGUGGGUGGCCGCAGACGCCGUGCGGCCUGCAGGACUCCACGAGGCGGCGAUGGCGGGUGCGAAUGGCAGUAGGAGCACGCUCGCCGGGCGCAAGAGGAAGAGAGGGCCCGGCGCCGGGGAGCCUGCUGGUGCUCCUCCGGGGCAGAGCGAUAGCCAGAGAGAUGCCGGGGCAAUUGCAGAGGCAGGGUCGACGCAGCCUGGGACCGCGGACGCACCUGGACCGGAGUCCAUCACGGAGGAGGAGUAUGACAUCGAGCAGCACAAGCAGAUUACCGCACGGCGGAACUUCGACAAGGUCGUCUUUGGGCGAUGGCAGAUCAAGACGUGGUACUUCUCCCCAUAUCCGCUGACGGAGGCGGAGGCUGAUGACCAGGUGCCGACGCCCAGCUCACACGGGCCUGCUUCGGCGGGGAAGAUUCCUGGUGUAAGUCGCUCGACGGUUCGAGCGCACGGGCGCACGUCGGACUUACUCGCCGGUGGACUCGGGCGCAGCCAUGGCGUCGAGAAGGCGAUGCUCUGGGUCUGCGAUCGGUGCUUCAAGUACAUGGCCGAAGGCCUGUCUUGGGAGCUCCAUGUUAAAAAGUGUACGAAACGACAUCCGCCCGGUCGCAAAGUAUACCAGCGCGGCGCGCAUAUCAUCUGGGAGGUGGACGGCGCGAAGGAGAAGCUCUAUUGUCAGAACCUAUCGCUGUUUGGCAAGCUGUUCAUUGAUAUCAAGACGCUCUUCUUUGAUUGUGACAACUUCCUGUUCUACAUCCUCACAGAUGCCGAUUCCCAGCGGGAUCAUGUCCUUGGAUUCUUCUCGAAGGAGAAAGUAUCGUACGAUGACUACAACCUCGCAUGCAUCGUCGUGCUUCCGCCCUACCAGAAGAAGGGCUACGGGAUGCUCUUGAUCGAGUUCAGCUACGAGCUCUCACGCCGCGCAGGCAAGGUCGGCACGCCCGAGCGGCCGCUCUCCGACCUCGGUCUGCGGAGCUACCUCACGUACUGGACGUCCACCCUGAUCAGGUUCCUCCGGCGCCUGCUGUCCGUGCUGCCGCCCGAGACGAAGAUGGUGACGGUCGGCGGCGUGCCCGACUUCACAGAGGCGCACACGCUCGUCGCGUCCCAGGACGACGACGCGGGCCCGCGCGCGAAGCGGCGGAAGAGCACCAAGGGCUGGGACGGCGAGGAGAGCCCGGCGCACCGCGCGGCGGACGAUGACGCGGUGUUCGCGGCGCUGCGCACGGUGGAGACGACGCCGAACGCGGACGGGAGCGCGACGGCGCACGUGCUCGCGCGGUGCACGCUCGCGGACGUUGCGCGCGCGACGAACCUGCGCGUCGAGGACGUCGCGUUCGCGCUGAGCGAGUGCGGGCUGCUGGGGCGCCGCACGGGCGGGCCGGAGGACGGUGUUGUGGUCGUCUCGCGGGAGAUGGUGGAGGCGGUUGCGCGCGAGCGCGGCGUGAAGAGGAUGUGCAUGGACCUUGCGCAUGUGCUGCUGUGA